GCCGUCAUGCCAUUUGGGUGCCUUGCCCUGCGAGAUGGGCGGACUUAUGAUAGCAUGUCUGAUGUCACGGACAAAUAUGAGAUUGGACAGGUUCUCCGAGCGAAGGAGUUCUGCGAGCUGUGCCUGGCUAAGGACCGACAAACAGACAAGGUGUUUGUCUGCAAGAAAUUCCUCAAGAAAGACGGCAGGAAAGUCCGCAAGGCUGCCAAGAACGAAAUCAUGAUCCUGAAAUUGGUCAACCACCCAAACAUCCUUCAGUUGAUAGACACGUUUGAGACUCGGAAAGAGUACCUCAUCAUCCAGGAACUUGCCACAGGAGGGGAUGUGUUCGACUGGAUUCUGGACCAAGGGAAUUACACAGAGAGAGACGCCUCCAAUGUCAUCAGACAAGUCCUGGAGGCUGUAGCGUACUUACACUCCCUCAACAUAGUUCACAGGAACCUCAAGCUUGAAAACCUGAUGUACUACACAGAAAACAAUCACAACAAAGUAGUUCUGCGAGACUUCUACCUGUCCAGGUUUGAGAACGGACCCAUCACCGAGCCUUGUGGAACACCAGAAUAUCUGGCUCCUGAAGUGGUGGCUCGUCACCGAUAUGGUCGUCCUGUGGACUGUUGGGCUGUGGGUGUCAUUAUGUUCAUACUCUUAUCAGGUAACCCUCCUUUUUAUGAUGAGACAGAGGAGGAGAACACAGAUCUACAUAAUCGCAUAAUCUUCUGUCGCAUUGUUGCUGGUGACUUUGAGUUUGAUUCUCCUUACUGGGAUGAUAUUUCACCUGCAGCUAAGGAGCUUGUCUGUCGACUCAUGGAGGUGGACCAGAUGCUGAGAAUCACUGCGCAGGAUGCACUUUGGCAUGAAUGGAUUGCAGGAAAUGGUGCAUCAGAGAAGAACUUAAAGGACGGUGUGUGCGCCCAGUUUGAGAAGAACUUUGCAAAGGCCAAAUGGCGGAAAGCGAUCCGUGUCACCACCUUCAUGCAACGAUUGAAGAAUUCAGAGGCACUGAUUGACAGUUCAGCCGAGGUUCAGGGCAGUGAAGAGGCAGGAGAUGGUGAAGGGGGUGUGUCCCAGGGGACAAGUGAUGAGGGAGACAAGGGGACAAGUGAUGGAGGGAUAACGUCAAGUAGUGUGUCUUUAGAGGUUACUGUUGAAAAUACACCACCAGGUAUGGACCAAGAUGAGGGGAGGGGUAAGGUUGGAGAAAAACCGGAUGAGACCAAGAUGAACAUAGGCCCAUCUGUAGGAACUUCCCCAUCAGAUAUUCAAGAGCCUCUCUGUCAGCAAAGCCAAUCAAAUGCAGCCCCCAAACUCGCGCAGGAGCAGCCUGAUAAGGUUAGUACAAAGAAAGCAGCAGGUGAUGGAACCAGGAAAAUGGCUGCCAAUUUCGGUCAAAAUAAAGUUGUUCCAGAAACCAAACCAAGCCCCAUGAUGACGCCUGAUUCCUCCAAGUUGUCAGAUGGUUCUUCAGGCUCUAACCUUGACCGGAAACACACAUCUACUUGCCCUGAUCCAAGCAGCAAACGUAAGAUGGCUGCAACGCUCCAUGGCGCUCCACCCACAGGCUCUACUGCUGCAACCGCCUCACCAGAGAAGAGGCCAACCACGCAGAGGGAGCAGAAGAAUGAGACUGACGGAAGCUGGUGUCAGACACAAUUACCUGAGGCAGUGGCAGAGAGGUCAGUGGCAGCAUCAGUCACCCCAGCAGUUGGGCCUGCAGCUGGGGUGGAUGUAGGACUAGGAGUUAGGCUACGGGAGGAUGCUAGCCCUGUGGGUAGAAGGGAUAGGGAUUCCAGGAGAACCGACAGACACAGUGCUGAGUUCAGCAUAGCAAGGGCAGGUCCUACAACAGGACAGGGUUGUUAUACAGUAGGCAGCUCUGCUAGUUUGGGCCGUCAUGCCACACCAUACAGCCCAGAAGUUGGGACCGUAGGGAUGGGGAUGGCAGGGAGCUAUGGGAGUCCGUAUAGCUCCCUGUAUACGAGUGGAGGAGGGAUAGGCAUGUACGGUACUGGGCUACAGCAUGGAGGAGGCGGCAGCUCCACAAGCGACUGGCAAAUGGACAGUGUGAUUGAGCAGAUAGAAAAGCAAAUGGCUGCCGUGCUGGAGAAGAUUGAGGGAGACAUGCCCUCACUGCUAGAGCAAAUCAGUGACUGCCCAGCUGAGCCACCACGUGCCCGGAGCACACACGCCUCGCCUGCCACUUCCCGUGCACGCUCCUCACAACACUCCUCGACUGCGACCUCGGUCACCCCUCCGCCUCUUCCAACUUCUCCCAGGCCUGCGCUGCCGUCUCUACCUCGCCUUACUAUCCCGCCUCCCUCCUACCCCACCUCCCACCCACACAGUCCUCACCCCAGGCUGCAGGAGAGCAGGAAGACAGGGAUGGACAGAGGGAUGCUGCUCGUUCCAGCCAGUCCCCCAGAGCUGGGAUGGGCAGGGGUCUCUGAAGCAUGUGUGCAGGAUGCAAUACACAACACCUGGAACACUGGAAUUAUAAUUUAAACUUGAGGGUUAAAAGACAUCCAGAAGUAUCACCCACGUGCUCCUCAGAAGUAAAGUAACCAUACAUUGUCGUUUUGGUUUGGAUGUGUGUUCAUAUUGAGAAUACCGGUAUAGAGAAGUCUCCCUAUGACAUUCAAAUACUCAUGACUAGAGUGUAGGGGGACUAGUGUACUGUAUUUCCCUGUAUGACAGCUGCCAAGAGAAAGAUCUCAAAUGUUUUCGGUUUUUUUUUUGCAUCUCAAAUCUAGAUUUUGUGCAUGAAUGCUCACCACACAACCUCCUCAUACUCAAAUCCAAGCACGUAGCGCAGUAUGUAAAAUAUGAAUCUACACAAGGAACAGACAUUGGUGAGAGUUAACAGCUGAGGAAGUGUUAUUAUUUGCAUUAUUCCCUACUAAAUGUAAAUACAUACAAAGAAUUGGGUUCCUAAUUCUUGCUCUACUCCCAUGUUGUAAACUUCCUCAUAUCCAAACUGACAUUUAUUUUAAGUGAGCUCAUCCCAUUUCAUUAUUUCCCAUUCCUUUUUAUUUAUUUAUGUAGCUAUUCUAUAGCAAAGCUGCAAAAUCAUGAGCUUAUAGUCACACAGUUGUACAGAAAUGUGUGAAACUUAACUGAUCUAGCCUUUCCAUUGGCUGCUGGAGAUUCAGAUUUGUUUUAUUAUAUAGUGUACUUAAACUUGAACUGUCACUUCUUGUGAGUUGCACCACACCUGUCGGAGGGCUGGAGACAAACCUUAAUAUACAAGAUAAUGUAUAAAG